GCUCUCAGUUUUCAGUCGCCAUACAUGGCGGACGCCGCCGAGGACUCCUCGUCGUCUGCGUCUUCGUCGUCUCUCUCGCCGCCGACGUCGCCGCCGCACCAGCACCAGCAGCAGCAGAACCAGCUUCCGGCGAAGCGGCGGGCGGGGCGGAAGAAGUUCCGGGAGACGCGGCACCCGGUGUACCGCGGCGUGCGGGCGCGGGCGGGGGGCAGCCGGUGGGUCUGCGAGGUGCGGGAGCCGCAGGCGCAGGCGCGCAUCUGGCUCGGCACCUACCCCACCCCGGAGAUGGCCGCCCGCGCGCACGACGUCGCCGCCAUCGCUCUCCGCGGCGCGCUCGCCGCAGACCUCAACUUCCCGGACUCCGCCCACACGCUCCCCAGGCCCCGCACCGCCGCGCCCGACGACAUACGAUGCGCCGCCGCACAGGCCGCCGAGCUCUACCGCCCGGCCGCCCACCACCUCAUCGCAACAUCAUCGUCAACGGCCGCGCCACCGCGUCCCCUGGCACUACCACCGCCGGAGCCUUCCGCCUGCUUCCUGGACGAGGACGCCAUCUUUGACAUGCCCGGCCUCAUCGACGACAUGGCCAGGGGGAUGCUGCUCACGCCGCCGGCCAUGGGGAGAGGCCUCGACUGGGGCGCCGUUGACGACGACGUCGACUGCACUCUCUGGAUGGACGACUGAUGAUCGAUCCAUCAUAUCGUUGCCACGCGACACCGUACGGCGAGAUAUCUGCACGCACGAUCAAAUUGUAGUACUGCUUCAAUUCCGGAUGUAGGGUAGUUUGAAAAGGACAUGUCUUGUUUUAGUACAAGGUUGGUUUUAAAACUUCUACUUUUAGUACAUAUUUCCUUCGAUCCAAAAUACAAGUUGUUGGUAUACAAGCCAUUCUACA